AUGCCAAAAUAUUAUUGUGAUUAUUGUGAUGUAUAUUUAACGCACGAUUCGUCAUCGGUGCGAAAAGCUCAUAAUAAUGGUAAAAAUCAUAUCAUGAACGUAAGAAAUUAUUAUGCCGAAUUAGGUCAAGAUAAAGCGCAGGCAAUUAUAGACGAAAUUACAAAAGCGUACGAAUGUGCUGGACAAGCCGGAUUUCCGCCUCAAUAUGGUUAUAUUCCUGGUAUCAUUCCUGUUGCGCCAAUCGUUAAUCCUCCUCCGUAUG